AUGUCUUCAAAUUUUUUACGUUCUACAGAAUCUAUAAUACGUCAGAAACUAACAGAAGAAUUAUCACCUUUGAUUUUAGAAAUUUAUAAUGAUUCACAUUUACAUAAGCAUCAUGCAGAGAUGAAGAAUAAUACAAAUCCUGAAACCCAUUUUAGUAGAAUUAAAAUAGUAUCUGAUGGUUUUAAAGGACAUGGACUUGUUUCUCGUCAUAAAAUAGUUUAUAAUUUAUUAAAAGAAGAACUAGCAAAUGGUGUGCAUUCUUUACAAUUAAAUACAAAAACUCAGGAGGAAUUAUUAAAAGAAGAUGUUUAG